AUGGCGCCCUCAUUCUGGGAGAAGACCAAAGGGACCUCCAAAAAGGGCUUUGACAAGGCAUGGCAUACCCUCGACAAAUUGGGCGACCCUGUGAAUCGCUUGUCCAAUCGGGUUGGUGCCGAAGCCUUCUGGCCGAUGACCCUGGACAGAGAAAGCGACAAGGCGGCUCGCAUAUUACGAAGCUUUUGCAAAGAUGGUUUUUACGCCGAUGAAGAGAGCCAAAAACAAAGCACAGAUGGUGCAAAGAGUGGCAAGAUAGAUCGCCCCAAGGGCAAGCAACGAGUUCUGAAGAAGAUCCCAACGGAGGUUAUCAAGCGCGCGAAAGGUCUUGCCAUCUUUACCACGAUGCGUACGGGUCUCUGGCUCAGCGGCUCGGGUGGAAGUGGCGUCCUCUUGGCCAGAAUCCCUGAGACCGGUGAAUGGAGUCCUCCCUCGGGUAUCAUGCUUCAUACCGCGGGCAUUGGCUUUUUGGCGGGCGUUGAUAUUUAUGACUGCGUGGUCGUGAUCAAUACCUAUGAGGCACUAGAAGCAUUCAAGAAGGUUCGUUGUACAUUGGGCGGGGAAGUUAGCGCAUCCGCAGGCCCAGUGGGUAUGGGGGGCGUACUCGACUCCGAGGUUCACAAGCGCCAAGCUCCCAUAUGGACCUACAUGAAAAGUCGGGGUCUGUAUGCAGGCGUCCAGGUAGAUGGAACGAUAAUCAUUGAGCGCACCGACGAGAACGAGCGUUUCUAUGGUGAACGCAUAUCAGUGACGGAUAUCUUGGCCGGUAAAGCGAAACGCCCUCCGACGUCGAUUAAAACCCUCAUCCAGACUGUCAAGGCGGCCCAGGGCGAUAAGGAUGUCGACGAGAGUCUGGUACCUGCUGCGGGAGCACCGACCCCUGGGGAUGUAGAAGUAGUACCGGCCUCUGGUAGUUCUUCUCCUCCUAGCAAGUUUGGAAUCCCGGCUGCGGAUGACCCCGAUCCUUUCGGCGUCAAAGCUUUGGAGGCUGAGGGCCUCUUCAUUCGCGAAGCAGGCACCAAAACUCGUCCACACGUGGAUAGCUUUGAAUUCCGACCCAGCCCUAACAGUCCUAUCUAUUCGACCUUCCGGCACAGCGUUGAUAGUUCACCACGCAACAGUUGGCGGACCAGUGUACAGAGCUACGCCAGUAUUGACAGAGGCACUCAAACAGACGAACCCCCUCUGACGGCCCGGACUUCUAUCAGCCGCGCCUCUUCCCGAAGUAAUCGAGAUUUUACCGAACGGGCAGAGAAAAGUCCGUGGGAUCUUGAAGAGCGCGGAUGGGACACUAUUAUCCCAGAGCACCCAACUGAUCACUCUCACCAUGCCACCCAUGACGGUGACGAUGACCUAGUGGACGAUGACGUCGAAAUCCACGAGGUCAGCAACGCUACCGUCACGAAAUGCGACGGUUUCCCUAGUUCUCCCAUUGAAGAUUUGACCUCAACGAGCCCGAAGCGUCAGUCACCUACCUUCACUCGUGCACGCCUAGUGACAAUCCCCAAGAGGGCUCCUCCUGCACUGCCGCCGCGAAAUCCCUAUCGGGGUUAUGGCUCAAUGUCAACUCCCGUCUCACCAACUGCUGGGCCUCCGUCUCCUAGCAAGCGGUCUGUGGUAUCGAGCUUGGGAUUGACGGAACUGAAUAGCUUCGCAGAGCUGCCUUUGGAUGUGAAGAAUGACGCGUCUAGUGUUUCAUCUGCCGAAGCUUCCCACCUACAACAUAAUGGCAAUAUCGAUAAGGAUGAAUUUCAUUCCAUCUCUACUGUCGGAACGUCCGACUCGGCGUCGGACGGGGGCUUCAGCGCCAAGGAUACCUCGGUCACCGGCACUAGUCCCUCAAAGACCGAAGACACUUACCACACUUUUGAUGAUAUAACCGACAACACCCUGUCCAAGCUUCAGCAUCGUCACCCAUCGGACGUCGCAAAACCAACCGCAACCGAACUAGAACACUCAACAACCAUCACCGAACAUGACUACAAACCCGCAAUGCACUCUUCGCUUGCCUAA